ACUUGUCUUCGGUGUUUCAUACCACGAAACAUGUUUUGCCGCAUAUGCGGCGAGAAGAAUGGGGUCGGAUCGUGAAUGUUGCGUCGGUCCAUGGGGUUGUCGCAUCACCCAACAAAGCGGCGUACGUGGCUGCCAAACACGGCGUAAUCGGCCUCACGAAAACCGUGGCGCUCGAAACGGCGGCUCUGGGGCCUUCGAUUGAGAUUACCUGUAACGCCAUCGCACCAGGCUGGGUUCUCACCCCGCUCGUCGAACAACAACUCCAGGUGAAUGCCUCACGAGACGGGAUCACGCUGGAAGAGGCGAAGAGGAGGUUAGUGAGCGAGAAGCAGCCUAUGGCGCGGUUUACGCGGCCGGAGGAUUUGGGGGAGAUGGUUGCGUUUUUGUGUGGGGAGGCGGGGGGGACGGUUACGGGGAGUGUGUGGACGAUGGAUGGGGGUUGGACUGCGCAGUGAGGUGUACGUAGUUCUGGUGUGCACGAAGCAGGAAAACACUCUCUUCCA